AUGGUAAAUGCAUUUGAGCCAAUCAGAGGGUGCAAAAAGUCACGGCUUGCGGAUGGUGUCAUCGAUGGGGUUCGUUACAUGAACAUCAACAACAACAAAAACAACAAUAACCUAAAUAGUAGUAGUGACAGUAAUAACAAUAACAAUAGCAAUAGGAUACUUUUAAAUCAGCAGCAGCAGCAGCAUCAUCAUCAACCUCAUACCAUUAGCAGCAGUACUAACAACAACAUCAGCAACAUCAGUAGUAGGAGUAGUAGUAGUGUGGUUACUGGAAACAACAAUGGGGGUGGUGUUGGUGUGAUUGCAUUGGUAAAUAACUCGGGUAACAUGGAAAAUCAAUCAAACUUCCAAUAUAGCAAUCAAAAUAAAAAUAAUCAGAAUCAAAAUAAUCAGAAUAAUAAUAUAAAUAAUCAACAAAAUAAUCAACAAAAUAAUCAAAAUACAAUGGAUACAAUACAACAUAAUAAUAAUCAAAAUAAUAAUAAUCAAAAUAAUAAUAAUCAAAAUAAUAAUAAUAAUAAUAAUAAUAAUAAUAAUAAUAAUAAUAAUAAUAAUAAUAAUAAUAAUAAUCAAAAUGUGUAUAGUUCAGAAAAUAAUAAUAAUAAUAUGAGUAUUGAUCAAAUAGGAGGGGGUACUUCGGAAGACGAUGAUAGUUCAACAAGUGAAUUCGAUAGUGAUCAAGGGGGUGACGAUGACGACUAUGAUAGUAGUAGCCAUCAGUUUAACCCGGAUCGCCGUGUCGAGGUUUUGGAUCAGGUGAGGCAGAACGCAUACACGCUCGCCGAACUCAUUGACAACUUCCAGAUGGGUAAAACACAUGGCCGAAAGGGUUCCAAUAUAGUGGCCGUCGUCGACGAGGCUCUAGAGAGGGCUUCGAAAAUAGUGACCAUACUCGAGUUUUAUCGUGACGAGUUGACCAGCCCAUCACAUGAUCAUAUGGCACCUACCAACACCAAUAUCAAUACCCCCAAAAAUUACCGUCAUCAGUCGGCAUCAUCACUGCACCAUCAUCACCACCACCACCACGGCCAGCAGUUGUCGACGUCUUCGCCGGCGUUGCCAGUGUCACAGGGUACUCCAGUAGUACCCAUGUUGCAUAGGUCUGCGACGGCUAUUGUCGGAAACAAUAACAACAAUAACAACCAGUCCACCAGAAUGCCACCCCACCAGCCACCACAACCGCCCCCUCUGCAGAUAUCAUCCCAGCAUGGGGCAGUCUCGCCCAACUCGUCGAUAUCCACCCCGUUUGUGGGUGGGUCGUCGACCACUUCGACCACGUCAACAGCAUUUGCCCCUCCCUCGCCAGCCAGCAUUUCCUCGCCCAUGGACGACUAUUCGUUCAAUAGUCCGCGAUCGCAGUCUGGCGACGCAACGCCCUACGACUUUGGCGGCGAGGCUGGGUCUAGCUUUGCGCCUCCUAUGCCGUACCCCGCUCCCAAAAAGAAGCGUGGUCGUCCUAGACAGGCGCGCCCCGAGAAAUGCUCGAUAUGCGAGAAGCGCACUACUCCCGAGUGGAGAAAGGGCGAAAACGGGGCAAAUCUUUGCAAUGCAUGCGGUUUACAAUUCAUGAAGAAAAACAAGCGAGAGAGGGAAUCCAAACAAAAGCAUAGUAUCGACAUUGUCCUUCACAAGGACUCGAAACAUGACAAUGAUUCCAUCAGAAGGGCUGCGGCUGCCGGGGCUGCAGGGGGAGGAGGAGGAGGAGAAAGAUCAGAGUUGUCAGAUUCGGGUGAAGGUGUAGUCGUUCAACCGUCACCAUCACAACCUCAACAACCACCAUCACCAUCAAUCAAACAACCACCACCACCACCUCUACAACAACAACAAUCACCUCCACAAACACACAAGUCCAAAAAGUCAAAGAAAAAGUAUGUACAGCCAUCCAUGAUGGAUCAAGACUUUGACGACUCUGAUCUCGUUCCCAUCCGAAACACCAACAACAACAACAAUAAUAACAACAAUAAUAGUAUGUCGUUGGGUCUUGGUUCCUCCCAAGAAAUGGGUUUUAUGUAUUCAUCUAGAAAUAGUAACAAUCAAAACAAUAAUAAUAAUAAUAAUAAUAAUAAUGUGAAUAGUCAACAAAAUAACAACUAUAAAAAUAAUAAUAAUAAUAAUAAUAAUAAUUAUAGUAAUCCUACCACUGGUUUGGAAGAAAGAUCCAAGUCAGAUAUAUCAAUUAGUCCCACACAGUCGUCUUCAACGUCGACGACAUCUACAACGUCUACGACAUCCACAACGUUGGUGACACAGCCUCGAAAAUUCCCAACAUCAUCUUCAUUGUUUGGGAGCUGGGGUGGUGGUCAAUCCGAAUUAUCCACCUCUCCUCAAAGCGUUAGUAUCUUUGGUGAUAAUAAUCCAUUUGAGAUUUCCCAACCACAACCUCAACAACCACCACAGCAUCAUCAACCUCAACCUCAAACCCAACCCCAACACCAUCAUCAGUUACAACCUCAAAUUCAACCUCAACAACAACAACAAUAUCAACAACACCAACAACAAUCCCAAUAUCAACAAUAUCAACAACAUUUACAACAACAACAACAACAUCAACAACAUUUACAACAACAACAGUUGCAACAACAACAACAACAAUUUAUGGGAUUAACUAGACAAUCAACAUUUGGUGGGAUUCCAAGUCAUCCUAUGCUCUCACCAACAACAACAUCAUCACCUUAUCCACCCAACUUCCCACAUGUAUCUCAAUCUCCAACCAAUACACCAGCAACAACACCAUUCCAAAACUAUACACCUACACCUACUAGCUUUUUAUCAUCAUCGUCAUCACUACAGAGAUCCUUUACUACUGGACCCUUUGGUAAUAACAAUAAUAAUAAUAACAAUAGUAUGUUACCUUCAUACUCUUCUCCACCAACCAUGAAAUUCAAACCACCAAAUAAUAAUAAUAAUCAAAAUAAUAAUAAUAGUAAUAAUAAUAAUAAUAACAAUAAUAACAAUAAUAAUAAUAAUAAUAAUAACAAUAUAGUCAUUCUAUCACUCAUUUCAUUGUCUACAAUGAUGAAUAGUGGUGGAGGUGUAUCAGCAUCAUCUGUCCCCAACGGAGGUAUGAUGAUGUAUGAAAUCAGUACUAGACCAUACUUGUAUAAUCUUAGCAUAACAUAUGGCAAACCAAUCAAUCUACUUAGUGAAAUACCAAUUCAAGAAUUUCAAAAGAUUAAAGAUAUGGGAUUUGAUAUGAUUUGGAUGAUGGGUGUUUGGGAAUUGGGUCAAUAUGGAUUGGAUUAUGACCAGACAAACCAACCUUUGCUCCAACACUAUGCACAAGUGUUGCCAGGGUUUGAUACGGCCGAUAUUAUCGGUUCACCAUAUGCUGUCGUCAACUAUACUACCAACCCAACGAUUGGUGACAAUACUGACCUAUUGGCACUCAAAAAGAUGCUUAAUAGUAUCGGUCUCUUGUUGAUGCUGGACUUUGUACCCAAUCACACUGCCGUCGAUUGCGAGUGGACUACUACCGAACUAGCCUACUAUAUUCGUGCACCACCUAGUGUCCAACCACCAUACGACAACAAUACCUACUUGCCCAACGGUAUUGCCUAUGGUGGAAUGGGAUGGGGUCAGCCAUGGUACGAUACUGCCCAACUCAACUACUGGAACCAAGAUGUUGUCAAGGCACGUAUCCAAGAGUUGUUGACAGUUGCCAGUUUUGCAGAUGCCAUUCGUUGCGAUAUGGCCUAUCUCUUGCUCAACAGUAUCUUUGGUAACAGUUGGAGCUCACAGCUCAGUGCUUGGGGUUACAACCAACCAGCCGACGAGUUUUGGGAAGUUGCUAUCCAAGCAGUCAAAGCCGACUACCCAGACAUUAUCUUUCUCGCCGAAGUAUAUCAUCCCUACGAAUCCAACCUUCAACAACUUGGUUUUGACUAUACCUAUGAUAAAAUGUUACAUGAUUAUCUUGGUGGUGGUGAUCUCGAUCAAGUUAGAUCUUGGAUCACAUCCAACUCUUUAAGUUUUGCUCAACAUUCUGCUCAUUUUAUUGCAAAUCAUGAUGAACCAAGAGGACCAUCAUUCUUUGGUAGUUGGUGGAGAAGUGAUGCAGCUGCAUUGAUCACCUAUACGAUGCCAGGUCUUAGAUUCUUUUGGUGGGGUGAUUUCGAGGGAUACCAGUAUCAAUUGGAUGUACAUUUGAGAAGAGAAGAGAGUGAGCCAGCCAUUGCUACAGCUCAAUCGUUUUACCAGAACCUUACUGCUAUUGUUUCGAAUCCAGUAUUCAAGUAUGGUGACUUUGAAUACCUCAAUGUUAGUGGGUCGGGACAAGACACCCAACUCAUUGCCUACAAAUGGUCGUACCAAGGUGAAAAGAGACUAUGUGUCUUUAACUUUAGUGGUCAACCAGGCUCGGGAUCAAUCGUACUCGACGACGCACAACCAGUCAAUGGCAAUGACACCAUCCCAGUCACCGACCUUUUAUCAGAUACCACCUACUAUCGUAGUGCUUCAGAGAUGAGAACACAAGGUUUAUUUGUUGUUGUUAAUACUUGUAGAAAGAAUAAGAAUAACUCUGUGGUGUCAUCAUCGACAUCAUCAUCAUCCUCUUCAUCAUCGACAUCAUCAAAACAUGUAGUAUUUGAUACUGAUGGAGAUGUUCAAUUUGAUCAUGAAGAUAGUAACAAUAAUAAUAAUAAUAAUAACAACAACAAUGAUGGUUAUCGAAAUGAUGUUGAUGAUGAAAUGACAACAUCAUCAUCGACAAAUGUAUAUGAAAUAUCACCAUCAUUUGAUUUACCAUAUGCAGUAAAGAAUGCAAUCGAUCAAUUGGAUAGAUCAUACUUCGAAGAUGGUAACUUUAAGUUAUCAGGUAAAAUAGAUCAACAAGGAAUAUGUUAUGUAAUCAUGCCAAAAGAUUUAUUUAUUUGGAGUAUUGAUGUAUGUCAAAGUUCCUAUAAACCAACAAUAUAUGAUAGAAUAGAUUUACCACAAAUAAUGAAUGAAAAUCAAGUAGUUGUUACAAGAAACAAAACAAACUAUGAUACUUUUACAGCAUUGUAUUGUACCAAUGAAGGUUUUGUUAGAUACUUUCCACAAACCAAUAGACAAAAUCAUUUUAUAGAAAUAUCAUUGGAUUAUAGAUCACCAUCUAAUGUUUAUGUUGCUGAAUGUAUUCCAUAUGGAAUUAUAGUUGGCAAUUCAUUAGGAAGUAUUCAUUUAAUUUCAAUUAAUAGUAGUGGAAAUAGAGAUAGACCAGCGCUGUCAUCAAAGAUUAUUAACAAAGCACCUGGAUUCUUUUCAACUUAUUUAUAUUUGGCACGUCAACCACCAGUGGUAUGGGUGUCAUCUACGAGUGCAAGAUCAUCUGGCACUAGUAGAUAUGCCUAUGUUUUAACGGAAUCAUCACUCAUAAAGUACGAGAUUACAGAGAAUGGUGAAAAGAUGUUGUUGGACUAUUCAUUGACUCGCGAUCUUCAAAAACUCUUUUAUGAACUCACCAACUAUCGAUUCAAUCAAAUGUUUGUGUCAGAGAAUGAAGAUGGUGAUAUGAUCCAUAUUCUAGUUCAACAAUCUCUUCCACAAGAAGAAAUUAAAAAAUUCCAUCUCUUGUCACUCUCUGUCAAAAAUAAUACUGUCUCUAAUGUUGUCAAAAAUGAUCAAUUUUCUUUUACUUGUUCAAUGGAUGAGGAAUCAACCAAUUUCAAUCCAACACUGGCAGUGAUUGAUAAGAAAUAUUAUCUUGGAUCAAUUGAUAAUAUUUACUAUAUGUCAAUGUAUAAGGAAAAGAUUAGUGGAGAGAUGAAAAGCUCAAACCUUAUCAUUUGUUGUGGUGUUUGGAAAAAUAGAUUCUAUUUUAUGGAUAGACAAAACCAUGUACAAAUUUUAAAUAUUAUGCCAUACUCUGUUUCAAAUGAUCAAUUUGAAUUAAAACAAGGUGAUCAAAUUAGUUUCGAUAUUCCAGAAGAAGAAGAUGAUAUUGGUAGAAAAAGAAAUAUUUUAUUAAAAACAUUAAAUGCAUAUAUUUAUCGAACAAAGAGACCUGGUGUAUUGGAACAAUCGAUCAAUGUUGUAAAAAAUAUGAGUGCAUCCGAGUUGGAUGGUGCAGUCAGACGUGCUAGUAUCUAUAUUGCCGACCAAAAGCCAUUGGUACGUUAUUGGGCAUCAGACAAUGACGCACUCAAGAAUUUGGGUACUGGCAUGUCGGUACAGUUGAAACAACAGUUGGAAGACAAGAAAAAGAGACAUGCUACCACUGUGUCGUUUUUAAAAGACUAUGAAUUUUGGAGCCAGUUGUCAGAAGAGACUAGAGAAUUGAUUGACGACAAUGAACGUCGUAUAAAGAGCGCAAUCGAGUUGCGUGACUACCAAAACCUCCAACAACAGCAACAACAGCAACAUCAACAACAGGUUGGCACACCAACCAACUAUUUAUUGUCGAAAUUGAUUCAUUUGGUGGUAGAGGAUAGAAUGGGACCCAACUGGGUGUCUAGUGGUAUGACAGUUCACGAGAUGCUGUGUCGCCACAUUCGUGCCGGUAGCAAGGACACGAGCGUACAUCUCAUGGUCAAGCAGAUGAUCGACCAUACCACACAGUUUAUUGAGUCGGACCUCGCUGCUGGUGCUGCCUCGUACCUGCGCGCACAGAGCGACAGUGGACUCGCCGCCAGCGAGUCGGCACUCUACACGCAGUUGUUUGACUUGACCCGCUCGUUCCUCUCUGUACUUGGCGAGCAAGACAUUCGCUCCUGUUCGACUGUCCUCUUGGCGCCAUUUGUCCUUGCUGGACGCUACUUUCUUGCUCUCGAGUUGGCCAACGAGUUUGGAGACUACCGUACCGUCGUCGAGGUGUACAUUGGCGACACGGAGCACCGUACAGAGCAGCUAGCACAGCUUGAAAAGUCACUUGCCGUCUAUCUCUCAAACGGACGUAUCAAAGAUGUUCUCCGCUACAUGCUCGACCGAGGAUUGUCCCUUGAAAUCUUGAAAUUGCCAAACCAACCUUUUGAACAGGCACGUGCCGACUUUUUCCAAGAUUAUCCACGUUUGCAAUGGAUCAAUGAUGUUGCCGAGGGUCGCUACAAUGAAGCAUACCGCGUGUUGGCUGCCGAGUCGAUCAAAGAGACCAAGAGCACUUCGCGUAAAAAGACACUUAUCAGCUUGGCCAAGCUCAGUGCAUUGGCCGAGCAAAAAGAACCCAUGUUUAAUAUCACCCAGGUCGUAGAGAAUGCCAACCACAACCUCGAGAUUCUCAAGAUUCAAAAAGAGUUUCUUCCCCACAUCAAGGGCGUAUUGGCAGUCGACCAGAUCAUCCACGAAAUCUUGCAAUUGUCCAACCUCCAAAACAUGGAAAAGUAUCUCGUCUGUCUCAACACUUUGGAAGAGUCAAAGUUGAUCAUUUCUCUUCAAGAAAGAAUGAAUUUAUUAAAGUUAUUAUUAUUAAAAUCUUUAGAUGAUGGACCAUUAUAUUUGUUGUGUGAAAAAUUGGCUCGUAGUGGAGAUGAUGUUUCGGAUCAACAAUUUGAUUUACAAAUUAUCAAUUCGGAAACCUAUCAAUUGCUCUGUUCGUUGCCAAGUGAUAUGGGUAUGAGCACUUUGGUGCAUGAGUUUAUCAAAGACUAUUUCAAGGAGAGACAAAAAUCAAUUCAAGACGCCAACAUUAAACAACAAUUAAAUAGAGUGUUGAGUCGACUCAUUGAACUCUAUUCACAAAAUCAAAAUUAA